AUGAGUUCGACAACAACUAAUGCUCUGUUUGCUUGCUCUCGUUGUUUUUCAAGACAUCCUUUCGAAGAGUUAUCUCCUGGUGAACAGCUUUGCAAGGAAUGUCGUGGCUCCUUUCCCGUUGUAAAAUGCACGUAUUGCCGAUCCGAGUUUCAACAAACAAGUAAAUCUAAUACUUCUUCAAUUUGUAAAAAAUGCGAGGCUAACGUGAAAGCUUAUGGCAAACCAACGGCAUGUGAAUAUUGCAACAUAAUAGCUGCUUUCAUUGGUAACAAAUGUCAAAGAUGUGCAAAUUCAGAGCGUAAGUAUGGACCUGCAGUGACUUGUGAGCAGUGCAAACAACGCUGUGCAUUCGACCGACAUGACGAUAAUAAAAAGGUAUUUAUAAUAAUUAGAAAGCAAGUGGACGGAAAACUACUAUGUUGGCUUUGUACGCAGUCCCUCAAGAGAGCCCUGGCAAGAACUAAACAACAUCUAGCUGUUGACAAACACAAGCAUCGCUCGCACAAGUUGAAAAGCAGUCACAAGGACAAACGCAAGUCGGAUAUGUUGAAAGGAAUCAACGAUGAGCCUUUGGAGAAGAAAUCCAAAUUACAUCCAUUACAAGGUGAGUUAGACCCGAAUUCAUCGGACCAUGUGGUGGCUAUGACUCAACUCAAGGAAACGAUUGCCAGCUUACAGAAGAAAGUACAGAUGAAAGACAAUGAGUUACUACACAAGGACAAACUGAUAACAGAAUUGAAGGCGCAGCAUCACAACGAUACAACAGAUCUUCGCAACGAGAUGAAAAACAAGGAUCGUUUGAACGAAACUAAGUUCAAUUUAAUGAAUACUAAGAUACAGAAUCUUUUGAAGGAAGUAGCUACGUUGAGUAAAUCAGCUAGAAAAAACAAUAAGAAUACUAAAGUAGUACUCGCUAGCGAAAACAGCGGCAGUGGUACAGAUAGCCCAAGUACUAAUUAG